AUGAAGCUCAUCGCAACAAUCUUCACAUCAACCUUCGCCAGCACUGGUUUCGCCAAAAACUACAACGGAGCGAUCAAGCGUAAUCUAUCCGGAGCAUGGCUAGACGAAAAUUUCGGAAAGGGGCAGCGAUACUUUCCAGACACAAUCUCGUCAACGAAAUUUGAGCAGAUCGCGAAAAUGGUUGCAUUCUUGGAAGGAAAAGAGCCGACGGAGGAAUAUCUUCAACAAAUUGAGGAUGACCAAACGAGCUACGGAUGCUAUUGCUGGAACAAAGGCGUCGAAAAUGUUCAAGAGCUUGGUGGAGGCCAACAUAUGGAUAAAAUUGACUCUGUUUGCUCCAAAUUAUACAGAUGUUACAAAUGUAUCGACGUCGACUACAAUCUCGACUACAAAAACAACAAAGGCGCCCUUGCCGAACUUGGCUACACCGCUAUUUUCAUCGGCGAUCAAGUCAACGAAAGAUCCAUCAACUGUGAAUUCAACGGAAAAACAAGCUCCGAAAACCUCUGCCGCUGUGACGUUGAUUUUGCCGAGUCGAUCGCCCAACUUCGAUCUGAAUGCAACGCAGGAAAUCAAGAAAGCUGCCCUGACUUAAAAUACUACACUCCUUACUCCAAGUUCGAUGGAAAUUUCGACUACGAUGCCUCGUGCCGACUUAGAGCAAACCAGGGUCAGGAGAGAGACCAGUGCUGUGGAAUCUAUCCCAACAGGAGAUCUUACGAUAAAGAGGUCCAAGAAUGCUGCCAGACAGACCUCUUCGAAGUGUUCAAAUACAAAUUGGUCCCAAAAGACACCUGCCAAGGAAAAGUAGUCGUCAGCGUGCAAGGCAACCCUAACGAAUAUAUUCCAGCGCAAUCAGAAAAUGAAAUACUAGAAAUUCUCCGCGUCUUCACCUUGCGUCAACUUAUUCAAAUUAAGGCGAACGUAAUUGUUGUUGAGCUUGGAAAGCUCGCGAGAGCGCCCUCGACUCAAAAAGUAUAUAAACGCAUCGUAAAUUAG